CUUAGCCGCUUGCUGCAGUUAUUAAUGGAUUAUGAUGCACUUAAGACACAAUCGUCGUACUGCACCUUGGUCAAUAAAAGUGAUAACUCCAAAUACGUUUGUUACUCACAUACGAAAGCAGGAACGUUCAAUAUCGGACUAACUAAUGCCUCAGAAGUGUGGAGCAAAGAUUUCACAGAGGAAACACUGGCUGAGCAUGGAAAAAAUGAUGCCUUGAAAUCAGCAGAAGAUUACAUCUCAAAAAUCAGAUCGACGUGUGGGAAUGGCAGCGCGUCUGUGACCGUGCAGGAGGACGGCGCCCUUCUCCAGCUGGGCGUGUCCCCGGGCUCUGUGAGCAUGACCCUUCCCAGGCUGAGUGACCCCGAGGGCAGGGCGGAGCUGAGGGACCUGCUCUUCAGGAUGGCGAACAGUCUGGCGGACGCUGACGCUGCAGGGGGACCCUCAUCUGUCAGUCCUGGGAAGAGCCAGUUCAGACGAAAUACAGGCUUUGAGCCCAGGAGGCAGCAGACCGGGCCAACUGUGGUUGUGAAGAAGCGACUACCAGGAGACUCGCUCAUCAACCCUGGAAGCAGAAAAAAGAAGCCUGCGACCGGAGUGGCGUUUGAUGACAACGAUUAACUAUGAGGGCAGAUGGACAUACUGACAGAAGCGGUACAGACAGAUGGAUAGAUGCAUAAAUUACUGCUAUAAAUCUCAGCAGGCUAGCCGGCAACUGAGACUCGAUUCCUGCUGGAACACGAGGACGCUGAAGAACAACGGGAUCUUAUUAUUAUGGUUCAGUGCUACUCAACAUAGCAGUGCCUGUAUCAUAUUUUUAAACGUAUCAAAUACUAUUCACAACAUGAACUGGCUCAUAUCUCUAUGGAUUGUAAUGAUGUACCUGUUUACAUUAUUUGCAGCAUUCAAAACAAGUGUGCUGUUUUUAAGUGUGCAGAUUAACUGGUGACAUUUUAUCUUUUUUAAAGCUAAUACAAUAGGAUUACAUUUUUAAAUACAUGUGAUUAAUUUUUUUUUUAUAUCUCUGAGGCAUGCUGUCUUAAGGAACAAUAAAGCAAUGUGUGUAUCAUUAA